AUGGACGAAGAAAAUACAUAUACUACAGGAGAAAAUUUUGUUGAUAUCCCAGUCACAGAAGAAACAAAGUUCGAAAAUUUGCUCAUUUUAGCAGAACAGAGGUAUGGAAAUGACAUUAUAAAGCUUCAAGAAGCUGUUAUCAGAACAAAAAAACUUGGAUUGAUUCACAUAAUGGGGUUGCAUUAUAAGCUUAGGCCACUUUUUAAGAUGACUUUGAAGCUCUUGGUUGAAAAUGCCUUUUAUAAAUGAAAAUCUGAAAGCAGGGUUAAUAGAGCCUAUAGGUUUCAAAAAUUUUCUAGGCUUCUAAAAUAUUUAUACAAAAAGAUUUUAAUCAAAGCGUUUUUGACUUUUAGAGAAAAAUGCAAAAGAAUCCCAUUUGAAAGACAAAUGAGAAAAUCUGAUCAAAGCUAUAAAGCAGCAUCUAUUAAUAGUGAAUAUGAUGAAGAUCUCAACUAA